UGCUUAAGAUGUAUUAGAGCACAGAACUGUGGAUAUAUAUUGAUACUUUAAAGUCUAUAUAUAAACAGACAAAUAAGUAUAUAAUUAUUGAUAACUUUUUGUUAAACUCAGCUAGAUAGUCAUUUAUUAUUAUUUCAGGUCUUGAUAGAAGAAAAUAAGAUUUUACCAUGCUUAACAGUGUCUGCGUCGGUUGUAUCCUCCUGACUGCCAUGGAGUUCCAUAUCAAACAUACCUGGGACAGUUUACCUGUGGAUCAUGAGCCGGUAAAGAUUCGCUUCUCACCUGGCGAGGAUGGUUUGUUAAUGCAAGUGACUGCUCCUUUUUUUAAUGACCCCCCUGCACCAGCCGGAUCUCCUGGAGAGCCGUUCCCUGGUCUCUGGGACUAUGAGGUGGUAGAGUCAUUUUUCCUGAACAACAACACUGAGCAGUAUCUGGAGGUGGAAGUCUGCCCACAUGGACAACACCUGAUUCUGCUAUUGAAUGGAAAACAUAAUGCAUUUAUGCAACAACUCCCUCUAUCAUUCAAAGCCAAUAUAGAGGACAACAAGUGGAAGGGAGAAGCACUUCUACCUUGGAGGUAUUUCCCUCAGGGCAUUAAUAAGAUGAAUUCCUAUGCCAUCCAUGGCUCUGGAGCAGGAAGGACCUAUGAGGCUCUGUAUCCUGUUCCUAGAGAAGACCUACAAGAAGGACAGGGACCAGACUUCCAUCGACUUGAGUAUUUUCAAGACUUCACUCUGCAAAACAUCAUGGGAGAAGACUGGGUUCAGCCAGAAUCUGACCUGUGGGAUUUGGCAGGCAAAUGACCAACU